AAAUACCUUGGUGGUUCUGGACGUAGGGGGCGUAUUCGACAUUCAAGGAUGGCCGCACAAUGGAUGACUUGUUGAGUAAGAUGCCGGAGAGACGGUGGGAGAACGACGAUAAGAUAACAAAAGGAAUAUUUCCAACGUCGAGCGGCAGGGCCGUGACCACGAAAGCUGGUCGUCUAAUGUAUGCUGGUGGCUAGCUUGAAGAACGGUCGGGUGAUGCCAGGCCAAUCUGAAGGUCACCGAGCCUGUCUUGCCUGUCUUGUGAUCUGACCGUCAUCAUCAAGCGAUGCCAGCAUUGCCUACCGAGCUCUUUCUCGUCAUAUUCAGUUUUCUUGAUGCCCGCAAUCUCAUCACUUGCAGACAGGUCUGUCAGCUUUUCUUGGCUUUGAUAGAUGAGACCGUCGCCCUUGUCUACACCAUUGAGCUCGACCGCCACGGGCACGUUGAUAAUUCAUCUGUUCUACCUUCAACAGAUCGCCUUGAUCGAUUGCGUGAACAUAACGCUGCAUGGAACAAACUCGACGGUGCUUGGAGCGGCGAUAUUCCAAAGUUUCAAGGACAUGUUUGGGAGCUCUUCGGCAAUGUCCUAGCACAACAUAGCGGGUCAGGGAGUCUCGUCUUUACUCAAUUGCCCUCUUCGACCCGUUUCAUUGAGCAAAAAGAAUGGUCGGUCUCAUUAUCGGGCUUGCCUAUACGCGAUUUUGGAAUGGACCCUUCCCAAGACCUGCUAGUUCUCAUCGAAACGUCGCGAUGGGGGCGAAAUCCGAAUCCUUCCUUCCAACUCCAUCUUUGGUCUAUGUCCAGUGGAAAGGCACAUGUUUACGCCUCGGUACCCGUCCUUAAACAUGCGCAGAAAGUCCCGGAUCACGGAAUGUCCUACACCAUACAGGUAUCUGGUGAUUACCUAGGUGUCGAGUUUAAUGGCAACAAUGCACCAAAAGAGCUUGUUGUCUGGAAUUGGAAGACCGGUCGCAAAGAACUGUACCUCACGGGGAAUGAGAUUUGCUCUUUCGCGUUUUUGACUGAAAAUCACAUCCUAGUUGCAGUGUCCAACAACACAGAGCUGUGUUUGUUCAUCGUGGACUUCAUCGCGGAAUCGUCUGAGCAGACGCGCAUAAAUGAUGUGACUUACCAUCUUGCUCUUCGCCUCCCAGAUCUGCACCCUUCAACUACACUCGUGAGCCUCACCGUCAGGUGUGAUCCUUCACCCACCUGGCCGAAUCAGGAUGAUUCCAUUCUGUUUCAUGUUCAUCCUGACGAAAUUUUGUAUCCCGUAGCGCUUUGCACAGCGCAAGGAAACCACAUCAUGAUAUUCAUUCCGCGACGGAUACUACUAGCACAACUGCAUCAUUUAUACGUAGGAACCAAGGAAGUUGAAUGGUCAGCUUGGGGCCCGCAAGGCACACGGAUUCUCGAUUGCUGGAAUCAAGCUAACGUGUCACUUGUAUGGGCUUGCAAUACGUUUGGAUCCAGAUUCGUUGCCUUCGACGUCGACCAAGAGGAAAUCGACGUAUAUGAUUUCAAUCAGAUGACUUUGAAGCGGGAAUUAGGCAGCGGAUGCCCAUCACAAUAUGGCAAUCCCAACGAGAUACUUUGGCCUCCAGUCAACCAAGAGGACCCUACCAUGUUCGUGAUCGAUGACACCGUGGUGCCUUUGGACAGCCUGAUAUUCCAGCAAGAAGUCAGGACAUCACUGCCUUUUCGGGCCAGGGCAAUACCCACCGCCCUUGGAACAGGACGUUUUUCGGCGAUGUGCAGUCAAGAUAACAUCAUCGUUGUUAACGCAAACAGCGUUCUUCUCACUGGCCGGGAGUACCGAGUGUUUACGCUGUGAGAUCCUAGAAACACGGAGCACAUCCAGCCCCAGGCCCUAACCAGCUAUGCUCGAAUGGCUAAUUUGACGCCGGUGAUCUUAUGCGAUGGAUACG